CACGGUGACUCUCGGAUUGUUCCAAUUCGCCUAGCACAAUAUCCCGAUCCCCUUCUUCGUUCAGAAGUUUAUGAAAGUAAGUAUCCAUGGUUUGUUUGAAAGUUCAGUGCAAUGUUGUGUCCCGAUAUCAAAUGUCACCAGUAUGUGAAAUAUACAUGGAAAGACAUCUAGGUUUACCAGUGUAGCUUGUUCCUGCCUUUCUGGUGAUUUUGUUUCUGCUCGAGAUUUCUUGUAAAGUGAUUUGAAAAUCCAAAAAUCUCUUCAAACGAAAUAUGCUUUCUCAAAAUAUUAGAAGAGUUCAUUAUAAGCACUUAACUCGGGAAGUAAUAAUUAUACACUAAAAGAAUUCGUCCCUUGUUUUCUUUGUCACAUUUCUCCUUAGUCAACAACAUUCUUAGUUGUCUUAAUCUUCAGAAAGCUGUCAUAUGGUAGUAAAGACAUCAUAUUCACUUCCACGGUAUCAUUAUAUGAGGGGAAGAUUUCGCUGGAGAAUGCAUCCUAUUUGUUUGCCUGGUAUUUCAUACAAGCACAUUGAUAGUUUCCUUGAUGAGCAUCUCGAGAACCAUGCGGAAUUGGAAAUUUGUAGUGUUUAGAAUUAUGGGAAGCAAUUAAACUAUUAAAAGAAUAAUAUCUUUCUUCCUCUUAUCAAAAAAAAAAAAAAAAAAGAAUAAUAUCUUUCUUCCUGAGCCAAAUGGAGGAAAAUAUGAACUUCUUCUUCUCCUUGUAUUUCUCUUUUCAUUUUCUCGUUCUUCCCAAAGCAUCUAGAGUUUUCAUCCUGGCCAGUUGAAUGUACUAGAGCUUCUUUUAUCAGUUUACUUGAAUUUUCUUGCAGUAUUAGCACCCUAUUUAGACUUCUGUUUGGGCCUGAACUAGUGCAUGAUGAUGAAUGAUUUUUCAUGACAUGCAUAUCCUUGAGAUAUGGAAGCGUCAUAACAGUGUCUGGAUAGAUGGUUCUUUUGGCCUUCACUGGAAUGGUAUGAAGGCUCCUCCGAGGGACUACAGCAUUCCAGGAUCAGAAGUAAACAGGAUCUUUGCAACUAUUGGUGCGGUUGGGAACCUCGUUUUUGCAUUUAACACGGGAAUGAUACCAGAGAUACAGGCUACAGUCAGACCACCUGUAAUUGAGAACAUGUUGAAAGCUCUGUUCUUUCAGUUCACAGUGGGAGUUGUGCCCUUGCAUGCUGUUACUUCUAUAGGUUAUUGGGCUUAUGGAUCUAGCGCUUCGUCCUAUUUACUGAACAAUGUUCAUGGUCCAGUUUGGUUGAAGGGCGUUGCUCACAUGUCUGCUUUCAUACAAUCGAUCAUCACUUUGCAUAUAUUUGCAAGUCCGACAUAUGAGUUUCUGGAUACGGCAUAUGGAAUCAAAGGAAGUGCUUUGGCUCCUCGUAACAUUGCAUUCAGACUGGUUGUUAGAGGAGGUUACCUUGUCUUGACCACUUUCCUGUCGGCUUUGCUGUCUUUCCUGGGAGACUUCAUGAGCCUCACUGGCGCAAUAAGCACAUUUCCACUCACAUUCGUACUCCCAAACCACAUGUACCUUAUUGCAAGGAAAAAUAAGUUGUCUAGCUUACAGAAGAGUUGACAUUGGUUAAACUGUCUUCUUUGGUUGUAUAUCAGCUGCUGCAUUUGUAGCUGCCCUAAAGCUUAUUGUUGUAAAGACUCAAACAUUCCAUUUUUUAGCUGAUAUAUAGUUUUCCUUAGUUGGGUUUCAAUUUUUA